AUGAGUAGUAUACAACAGCUUAAUGGCAAGAGAAAGCGGAAGCAAAGGCUUUUCCUGAAAGAUGUGGCGCAAUUGUUGUGGGCCUUGGGAGACCCAUCGCCGUCCAAUGAGGCCACUAUUACUGCGUUGGAUGAUAUACUUGUGGAAUGGGUAGUUGAUCUUUGUCAUAAGCUACAACGGUAUGCUAAGGCUCACGGAAGAACCCGGGUGAAGAUGGACGACGUGCCGUUCACCCUCCGGAAUGAUCCGGCCAAGUUGGCCAGGUUCCAACACUUGACAGAACAGAUUGUUAGGAUUCUGGAAGCCAGAAGGCUUUUUGACGAUGACAAGUUCAAUAAAGACAAACGACCACACGAUGAAUACGAUGAUGAGAUUGGAGAUGAAGACGAUGGUGAUGACUUGGACCAUGAGACGGAAGCUCCAAUGAAGAAAGACGGUAGAGGAAGAAAGAAGAAGCAGAAAGUUACAGGCAAUAUAAUGACUAAUAAUUGA